CUGAAGGAGGCCUUUCCGAAGUUGCAGAUGAAUGCAGGAUGACAAUGGAGGCAACCGCAGCUUCUCUUUGGCACAAACCCGCUGUUAAACCUCGUAAUUUAAUUUCCAUCCUGUCCAGCCAUCCCACGGUCUGAAUAAACGGUGGGGAUGGAACGUGCACCCAGCGCCCCAAGCCCUCCUCCCAAAGCGGUCCAGCACGAACCCAUUAGCUUCGGCAUCGACCAGAUACUCAGUAGCGGUGCUGACUCAGAGAGCGGCCGGACCAGCAGCAGACACGGUUCGGAUACAAGCAACGGAGACGGUUACCUUUUGGGGAGCCCAAACGGAGGGAGUGCAGCGUCCUACACCGCGCUGUCCAUCUCCCUCUCUGGUAUUGUACCACAGUUAGAGGAUCCUGGUUUGUACGGAGUGAACCACAGCCUGGGCAGCAGAGGAGUGAUCCGGGUACCCUCUCACAGACCGUUGAUGGUCGCAGGGCCGCCGCAUGUGGGGAGCGCUGUUCCCGGGUAUGGAGGCCUGUGUUUCCCGUGGGUCGGGAAUAGGUUCGCCAAGGACAGGUUAUCAGGUAACUUUCCGAUAGAACCCUUAGCCUAUAGCCCACCAAAUAAUGUUUAUUCUGUUUAUAUUUAAAUAUAUAUUUACACACCAUUUCAUGCGUAGUGAUUUAAACUAUCCAUUUGAAGGUCUCCAAAACGUUCCCGGUUUCCCGCAAUGGGAAAUGUUACAUUGAAUGUGUUCAAAACAUUUUAGCUUACAAAAAACGUGUAAUAAGCUUUUUUUUAAAGUGAAAAGACUAAUAAUAACGAUAACAAUACGGCAAUAAAAACAACAAGAAUAAAGAUGAUGUGAUCAAAUCAAAUCAAAUUGUAUUUGUCACACGCGCCGAAUACAGUGAAAUGCUUACUUAACCAACAGUGCAGUUUUAAGAAAAAUAAGUGUUAAGUAAAAAAUUGAUAACAAAAAAUAAAAAUAAAUAAUAAUGAAAGAGCAGCAGUAAAAUAAGGCAUUUUGAUAAAAUCAUUAAUUCAAUCUUCAACCUUUUACGCAUUAAAACGUAAGAAGAUGUAGGCUUGACCCACUUAUGCAAUUCUACUGAAAUUGUAGCCUAUUUCCAUAUUUCUCUUAAAUAUGUAGCAUAUUUUAAUGUUACAAGGCGUGUGCAUGAUAAAGUCAAUUAAUACUUAUAGCAACGAAAAUCACAUAGAAAUAUUGAAUAGGCCUAUAAAAAUAAAAUAUAUUUAAAAUAUAUUUACAAAAAUAUUAAGGCCAAUAACAACAACGUGCAUGAGUUAAAUCUAAAAAUAAUAAUUUAUCACGUCUUUGACGCUAGAAGACCCUAAACUGGAAGUUAAUAUAAAUGGAGGUAUGAAGAAAGAACGUUUUAGGCUAUUCUGGUUGAUUUUACAAUGCAAUUUGAUUAAUGUAGCAAUGAUGUUCGGACUCAUUUUUUCCCCACAAUGAUUUUGUUUCACACCCAACAGUUUAUACAAUAUGACAAAGACAUAUGAAAACAUUGUCGCGUGAGUGGUCACCCAUAGUGUGAAUGUUGGUAGAGCACGGCGUUUGCAACGCCAGGGUUGUGGGUUCGAUUCCCACGGGGGGGCAGUAUGAAAAAAUAGCGACUGGAUAAGUCGCUCUGGAUAAGAGCGUCUGCUAAAUGACAAAAAUGUAAAAAAAAAUGUAAAUGUUAGGAAAUAAUACUAUUGAUUUCAAAUGUAGGCCUAUUCAAUUUGUAAUUGCCUAAUUUGGCACCCAGAGCCGAACCCAACAUUAUUGACUCCCUGUAUUUACUAUUUCAUGUCAUUGUUUGCUCACCCAAGAGGAAGCCUAACAUGAAUAUCCAGCCAGAAAUGAUGGCUUUAUCCCCAUAAAAAUAAACGAAUAAAAUAAGGUUAAAAGGGAAGAUUCACAAAUUGCAGGUGGAUGAGACGACGUAGGCCCAAACAGAACUGCCCGGUUUUGUGCAGGCGCCAAAUCAACCAAUAAAACUAUUAUUAUUUUCUAACUAGGAUACUUUCUUUAUCCAACAAUGAAUAUAACCUUUGUUUUCUGCUGAGGAUUAGCCUAUAUGGCAGACCUUAUGAACUGUACAACAACACAGUUGGAGUCUUUCUUACCACAGAGGACAAAACACACCUCAUUCGUCCACGGUGUAAACUCAUCCUCCAGUCUGUUGUUCUGCUCCCUCCUUCAGCUCUCGUGCCAUUCACGGUGACCCGGCGGAUAGGUCAUCCAUACCAGAAUCGCACACCGCCCAAACGAAAAAAGCCUCGGACAUCCUUCUCCCGUGUGCAGAUUUGUGAGUUGGAGAAGCGCUUCCACCGGCAGAAGUACCUCGCGAGCGCGGAGCGGGCCACCCUCGCCAAGAGCCUGAAGAUGACGGACGCGCAGGUCAAGACCUGGUUCCAGAACCGUAGGACCAAGUGGAGGUCAGUUUAUCCAUUUUACAGUUUACCUGUUUAGUCAUACCUUAAAGUAAAUUACCAUUGAACAUUUCACUGGAUGAUGUCAUCCUCCUGAGGAAAAUGAGCUGGCCAAUCAGCAGUCUACUCGCAUGAAUAUUUUUAAUGAUGGUAUAUGCCCACACCAUUCUGUUGUUGGGGUAUGCCCACAGCAUUCCAAUACAGAAAAGCAGCUGCUUUUAAAAAGUGCUACACAUAAGAUUUUUGUUGUUGUUGCAUUUUUGCAUUAUAAUUUCAGAAAAUGUCCAUAAUAUAUCUGCAGUAAUAGUGAAAUGAAAGUGUUUCAUAGUCAUUAUUACAUUUAUAUUUGAGUCAUUUAGCAGACACUCUUAUCCAGAGCGACUUACAGUUUUAUUUUUCAUACUGGCCCCCCGUGGGAAUCAAACCCACAACCCUGGCGUUGCAAACGCCAUGCUCUACCAACUGAGCUACAUCCCUGCCGGCCAUUCCCUCCCCUACCCUGGGCCAAUUGUGCGCCGCCCCAUGGGUCUCCCAGUCGCAGCCGGCUACGACAGAGCCUGGAUUUGAACCAGAAUCUCUAGUGGCACAGCUAGCACUGCGAUGCAGUGCCUUAGACCACUGCGCCACUCGGGAUAGCAUAAGCUACGGACAUUAUCAUUCCACUAUUAGCGCCAGAAAUAUCAUUAACAUUUUCUGAAAUUAUACUGAACAAAUAUAUAAAUGCAACAUGUAAAGUGUUGGUCUCAUGAGCUUAAAUAAAAGAUCCCAGAUAUCUUCCAUAUGCACAAAUUUGUUUACAUCCUUGUUAGUGAGCAUUUCUCCUUUGCCAAGAUAAUCCAUCCACCUGACAGGUGUGGCAUAUCGAGAAGCUGAUUAAACAGCAUGAUCAUUACACAAGAGCAGCUUGUGCUGGGGACAAUAAAAGGCCACUCUAAAAUGUGCAGUUCUGUCACACAAGUUUUGAGGGAGCGUGCAAUUGGCAUGCUGACCGCAGGAAUGUCCACCAGUACUGUUGCCAGAGAAUUGAAUAUUCAUUACUCUACCAAAGCAGGUUUAGAGAAUUUGGCAGUACGUCCAACUGGCUUCACAACCGCAGAACACGUGUAAGCACGCCAGCCCAGGACCUCCACAUCUGGCUUCUUCACCUGCGGGAUUGUCUGAGACCACCCACCUGGACAGCUGAUGAAACUGUGGGUUUGCACAACCAAAGAAUUUCUGCAAAAACGGUCAGAAAUUGUCUCGGGGAAGCUCAUCUGCGUACUCGUUGUCCUCACCAGGGCCUUGACCUGACUGUAGUUCGGUGUCGUAAACGACUUCAGUGGGCAAAUGCUCACCUUUUAUGGCCACUGGCACGCUGGAGAAGUGUGCUCUUCACGAAUUAAUCCUGGUUUUAACUAUACCACGUAGAUGGCAAACAGCGUGUAUGGCGUUGUGUGGGCGAGCGGUUUGCUGAUGCCAAUGUUAUGAACAGAGUAACCCAUGGUGGCACUGGGGUUAGGGUAUGGGCAGGCAGGCAUAAGCUACGGACAACGAACACAAUUGCAUUUUAUCAAUGGCAAUUUUAAUGCAGAGAUAUCGUGACGAGAUCCUAUGGCCUAUUGUCGUGCCAUUCAUCCGCCACCAUUACCUAAUGUUUCAGCAUGAUGAUGCACUGCCCCAUUUCGCAAGGAUCUGUACACAAUUCCUGGAAGCUGAAAAUGUCCCAGUUCUUCCAUGGCCUGCAUACUCACCAGACAUGUCACCCAUUGAGCAUGUUUGGGAUGCUCUGGAUCGACAUGUACGACAGCGCAUUCCAGUUCCCACCAAUAUCCAGCAACUUUGCACAGCCAUUGAAGAGGAGUGGGACAACAUUCCACAGGCCACAAUCAACAGCCUGAUCAACUCUAUGCUAAGGAGAUGUGUCACGCGCAUGAGGCAAAUGGUGGUCACACCAGAUACUGACUGGUUUUCUGAUCCACGCCCCUACUUUUUUUAAAGGUAUCUGUGACCAACAGAUGCAUAUCUGUAUUCCCAGUCAUGUGAAAUUCAUAGAUUAGGGCCUAAUACAUUUAUUUCAAUUGACUGAUUUCCUUAUAUGAACUGUAACUCAGUAAAAUCGUUGAAAUUGUUGCAUAUUGCCUUUAUAUUUUUAGUUCAGUGUACAAUGCAAACAUUUGAAAGAAAAUCUGUAGCACCUUUACCAUAUACUUAAUGAUACUUUUUUGGGGGGAAAACUAUUUCAGUCAUAUUGUAAUUAAUUAUAGGUAAUAUUUCAUAGAAAUUGGGAAACACUGUUACUUUAAGUAUUCAUCGGAGGUGUUUUCACCUAAUCUCGUUCACCAGUCACCAGACAGACACUUCCGUUCAUUCGCAAUUAGUCUGGGGACGAGGUUAGUUUUGACCUAUAGGCCUAAGUUGAGACUAAAUAUUUUCAGUGAAAGGUGCUACACAUAGGAUUUUUUAGAAUUUUUGCAGUGCCUUCAGAAAGGAUUCACACCCCUUUACUUUUCCCACAUUUUGUUGUGUUACAAAGUGGGGUUAAAAUGGAUUCAAUUGUCAUUUUUUUGUCAAUGAUCUACACAAAAUACUCUGUAAUGUGAAAGUGUGUCAGGGGUGCUGAAGGUGGGUGUGGUGCAGGAAUCAAGCGCAGGACGCAGAAGCUAAGUCCAAAAGACUUUAGUGAAUUAUACACAUAGUACACGAGAACUAUAAGCCCGGAGGCGAAAUAAAGGCGCACACAGGCGUCAAACAAAAGGCGCACUAACAUGUGCGAAAACCUCUCCAAACAACGGAGGGAAGAUACGUAGCUCAGAACACCAAACAGAAGAGCAAUCACACACAACACCAUACACACACAACGAGAACUAAAUAGGACACUAAUGAGGACUAACUAGACACAGGUGUACAACAUCAAGACAAAACCAAACGAACAUGAAACAUAGAUCGGUGGCAGCUAGUACUCCGGGGACGACGACCGCCGAAACAUGCCCGAACAAGGAGGAGGAGCAGCCUCGGCCGAAACCGUGACAAAGUGGAAGAAACAUUCUAACAUUUGCAAAAAAAUGAUAUGGAAAAAUAAAAUACGAAUAUAUCUUGAUUAGAUAAGUAUUCAACCCCCAUGUUACAAUCACCUUUGGCAGCGAUUACAGCUGUGAGCCUUACUGGGUAAGUCUCUAAGAGCUUUGCACACCUGGAUUGUACAGUAUUUGCACAUUAUAAUUUUUUUAAUUCUUCAAGCUCUGUCAAGUUGGUUGUUGAUCAUUGCUAGACAGCCAUUUUCAAUAUUUUCCAUAGAUUUUCAAGCCAAUUUAAGUCAAAACUGUAACUAGGCCACUCAGGAACAUUCAAUGUCAUCUUGGUAAGUGACUCCAGUGUAUAUUUGGCCUUGUGUUUUAGGUUAUUGUCCUGCUGAAAGGUGAAUUUGUCUCCCAGUGUCUGUUGGAAAGCAGACUGAACCAGGUUUUCCUCUUGGAUUUUGUCUGUGCUUAGCUCUAUUCCGUUUCCUUUUAUCAUAAAACCUCCCUAGUCCUUGCUGAUGACAAGCAUACCAUAACAUGAUGCAGUCACCACCAUGCUUGAAAAUAUGAAGAGUGUGUGUGGUGUUGGAUUUGCUCCAAACGUAACGAAUUGUAUUCAAGACAUAAAGUUAAUUUCUUUGCCAUAUUUUUUGCAGUUUUACUUUAGUGCUUUAUUGCAAACAGGAUGCAUGUUUUGGAAUAUUUGUAUUUUGUACAGGCUUCCUUAUUUUUACUCUGUCAAUUAGGUUAGUUCUGUGGAGUAACUACACUGUUGUUGAUCCAUCCUCAGUUUACUCCUAUCACAGCCAUUAAACUAUGUAACUGUCACCAUUGGCCCCAUGGUGAAAAUCCCUGAGUCGUUUCCUUCCUCUCCGGCAACUGAGUUAGGAAGGACACCUGUAUUUUUGUAGUGACUGGGUGUAUUGACACACCAUCCAAAGUGUCAUUAAUGACUUCACCAUGCUCAAAGGGAUAUUUAACGUCUCCGGUUUCUUUUUUUUAUCUAUCUACCAAUAGUUGCCCUACUUUUGCGAGGCAUUGGAAAACCUCCCUGGUCUUUGUGGUUGAAUCUGUGUUUGAAAUUAACUGCUUGACUGAGGGACCUUACAGAUAAUUGUAUGUGUGGGGUACAGAGACGAGGUAGUAAUUCAAAAAUCAUAUUAAACACUAUUCCAUGCAACUUUUUAUGUGAAUUGUUAAGGACAUUUUUUGCUCCUGAACUUAUUUAGAAUUGCCAUAACAAAGGGGUUGAAUACUUAUUGACUCAAGACAUAUCAGCUUUGAAUUUUUUAUUAAUUUGUAAACAUUUAAAAAAACAUAAUUCCACUUUGACAUUAUUGGGAAUUGUGUGUAGGCCAGUGACAAAAAAACUCAAUUUAAUCCAUUUUAAAUUCAGGCUGUAACACAACAAAAUUAGGAAAAAGUCAAGGGGUGUGAAUACUUUCUGUAGGCACUGUAUAAUUGCUGAUGAUUUUAAGCUAUAGGUCUUAAGUCAAUAAAUAUUCAACCCCUUUUUUAUGGCAAGCCUAAAUAAGUUCAGGAGUAAAAAUUUGAUCCAGACUCAUUAUGGGGAAUAAACUAACGUCCGUAAGCGUGGCGUACCAUUUGGCCGGAGUAAGGAGUCUGGGUAGCCAGGCAAUCUGUCAGCAUGGCGGCUGCUCUUUAAAUACAUCACUCAUUGCUUCAAGUCACACCCUGCCGCACCCACCAAACGGAGCAAACGUACCUCAAAGUCUGCUCAAGAACAUUGAAGAAAGUUUUGGGGAAACAUGUCAUUCAGUACAAACCAUUAUGCAACGUAGCGAACAUUCAAUCGAAGUGAACAGCUGGUAGAGCCCUAAUAUUUCUGCCAAAAAAACGAUUGGACCAGAAUCACGUCUCAUUGCAUGCCUGGAUAAGGAAAAUAGAUCAGUCAGGAGAAAACACGACGGUAAGAUUAGCCCAAGUCUGUUUGGCCUAGGCCUAUAGUUUAUAAAAUCAUCUGCAACUAUACAGUGCCUUCCAAAAAAUGAAGCUGUAGGCCCAGAUGCCUAAGGAAAGUUGAGAUGGUAUAUAAAUGUCCACUAGGCUACUUAAGUUUGACCAUUGUUGAAUUUCAACAUAUUAGAAGUAUUCUAUGUUCAUAAUUAGAUUGUAAGCAAGUACGCCUAAUCUCUCUCUUUCUCUGUUUUAGGAGACAGACAGCAGAGGAGAGGGAGGCUGAGCGUCAACAAGCCAAUCGGCUGAUCCUACAGCUGCAGGCCGACGCCCUCCACAAGUCCCUCAACGAAUCAGCAGGCUUUGACCCACUGUGCUCACAUAACUCCUCCCUGUAUGCCCUGCAGAACCUGCAGCCCUGGGCCGAGGAGAGGGAGUAG